CCGCCGGGCGGCGGUGGCGCGUUCCGCUCCUGGCGGUCGAUGCGGAACUGGCCGGGCGGCGCAGAGCGGCCGGGCGGCGGCGGCGGGGCAGGUUGGACUUGCCAGACAGCUCCAAGCAGAUUCUGUUCCCCAAGGCAGUUGAUCACGGCUGACUGGAUAACUGACUACUGGAUCGAUGAACAGAAAUUCAGUGAGAUGACAUAGGGAGGAGUGUCAAGGACAAUGGUGCAGAAAAAGAAAAUCUGCCCUCGGUUACUCGACUACCUUGUGAUCAUUGGAGCCAGGCAGCCAAGUAGCGAUAGCGUUGCUCAGACUCCUGAACUGCUGCGACGUUACCCUUUAGAAGACCAUGUGGACUUUCCUCUACCACCUGAUGUUGUAUUCUUCUGCCAGCCGGAAGGAUGCCUGAGCGUGCGGCAAAAACGUAUGAGCUUCCGUGAUGACACUUCUUUUGUCUUCACGCUCACAGACAAGGAUACAGGUGUCAUUCGCUAUGGAAUCUGUGUCAACUUCUACCGCUCCUUCCAGAAGCGAGUACCCAAGGAGAAGGGAGAAGGCACAGGAGGGCAUCGAGCUCGGGAGGGACAGAAAAUCCCCAAAUCAGGGGAUGCAGCUGCACCCCAGGAGGAAGUGGGCACUGAGAGCUCAGAGAGUGGUUCCUCACUGCAGGCUCCAAGUACAGAGUCUACCCCAGAUGUGAAUCGAUCGCCGCGCAGUAAGCGUGUGGCCAAAGGCAGCCAUCGCUCUCGGAACAGCACCCUGACUUCUCUGUGCAUCCUUAGUCAUUAUCCCUUCUUUUCCACCUUCCGUGAAUGUCUGUACACCCUCAAGAGACUUGUGGACUGCUGUAGUGAGAGAUUGUUGGGCAAGAAGCUGGGGAUUCCUCGAGGGGUGCAGAGGGAUACAAUGUGGCGGAUUUUCACAGGCUCCCUCCUGGUGGAAGAAAAGUCUAGUGCGUUACUCCACGACUUGCGUGAGAUUGAGGCCUGGAUAUACCGGCUGCUCCGUUCACCAAUGCCUGUUGCUGGUCAGAAGCGAGUGGAUGUGGAAGUCUUACCGCAUGAGUUGCAGCCAGCUUUGACCUUUGCUCUUCCUGAUCCAUCCCGCUUCACCUUGGUGGAUUUUCCACUACAUCUGCCUUUGGAGUUGCUGGGAGUGGAUGCUUGCCUGCAGGUGCUGACCUGCAUCCUUCUGGAGCACAAGGUUGUAUUGCAGUCCCGAGAUUACAAUGCUCUCUCAAUGUCUGUGAUGGCCUUUGUGGCUAUGAUCUAUCCAUUAGAAUACAUGUUCCCAGUGAUCCCACUGCUUCCCACCUGCAUGGCCUCUGCAGAACAGUUGCUUCUAGCCCCUACACCUUAUAUCAUUGGUGUUCCAGCAAGUUUCUUCCUUUACAAACUGGAUUUUAAAAUGCCUGAUGAUGUAUGGCUUAUUGACCUGGAUACCAAUAGGGUGAUCGUUCCCACAAAUGCAGAAGCUUUGCCAGCAUUGCCAGAACCAGAAGCUUCAGAGCUGAAAAAGCAUCUGAAACAGUGUCUGGUUAGCAUGACUGCAAUCACUCAGAAACAGCUGCUCACUCCUGACAACAAGGCACUGGCCAGCAUGAGCCUGAAUACUCAGCCCAUUCUUAAUCUAGAGAAGUUCCAUGAGGGGCAGGAGGUGCCACUGUUGCUAGGAAGACCGCAGAAUGAUUUGCAGUCUACUCCCUCCACAGAAUUCAACCCUCUGAUCUAUGGAAACGAUGUGGACUCUGUGGAUGUGGCUACCAGGGUUGCUAUGGUGAGAUUCUUCAACUCGCCAAAUGUUUUGCAAGGUUUCCAGAUGCAUACUCGUACUCUUCGUCUCUUCCCACGACCAGUGGUGGCCUUCCAGGCAAAUUCUUUUCUUGCCUCUAGGCCUAAGCAAACACCUUUUGCAGAUAAGCUUUCCAGGACACAGGCAGUAGAAUACUUUGGAGAAUGGUCGCUCAACCCUACUAACUAUGCUUUCCAAAGAAUUCAUAACAACAUGUUUGAUCCAGCACUGAUUGGUGACAAACCGAAGUGGUAUGCGCACCAGCUGCAGCCCAUCCAUUAUCGUGUCUAUGACAGUAAUUCACAGCUGGCUGAAGCACUGAAUGUCCCAGUAGAGAAAGAAACAGAUUCUGAUCCCACUGAUGACAGCAGUGGCAGUGACAGUGUCGACUAUGACGACUCAAGUUCCUCCUACUCCUCCCUCGGUGACUUUGUCAGUGAGAUGAUGAAAUGUGACAUUAAUGGUGAUACCCCAAAUGUUGACCCCCUGACUCACGCAGCCCUUGGUGAUGCUAGUGAAGUGGAAUUUGAUGAUUUUCAAGAAUAUUCAGGGGAUCUGGAUGAACAGGCCAUGGACAGUGAAAACUCCCAAGAGAACAACCAGCCUCGUUCAAGUUCCAGUACUACAGCCAGUAGCAGCCCCAGCACUGUCAUCCAUGGAGUGAAUCAUUUGUAUGUAACGCAAAUUAGCGAACAGAUCAAUGAUUUGACUGGUCCACAGGAGUCAGCAGAUUCAGCAGAAAUGGAAGAGAAGUUGGUUGCUGGUUUUUCAAACCACCUCCCUUCCUUGCCACUGCAAGCAAGCUUUCCCAAGAUAAGCUUGGAUCGUCGUGAGAGCGACAGUGCAGCUGGCGGCAUGAGCUCCUCAGAAGGAGUGGUGAGGAAGCGAGAGUAUGACAAUCCAUACUUCGAACCACAGUAUGGUUUUCCUAUGGAGGAUGAAGACGAUGAGCAAGAAGAGAGCUACACCCCAAGGUUUAACCAGAAUCUCAAUGGAAGCAGGUCUCAGAAGUUACUCCGUCCAAACAGUUUAAAACUGGCCAAUGAUUCUGAUGCAGAUUCAGAUUCGAGGGCCAGCUCCCCAAACUCUACUGUCUCCAACAACAGCAGUGAAGGUUUUGGGGGCAUCAUGUCUUUUGCAAGCAGCCUGUACAGAAACCACAGCACAAGUUUCAGUCUGUCCAACUUAGCCCUACCAACCAAAGUUGGGAGAGACAAGAAUACUCCCUUUCCCAGCCUGAAAGAUUACUUUAAUCUGGAAGUGGGAAGGGAUGUGGAUGAAGUAUUUGGGUUAAAUACUAUAAUGGAGAUUAUUACUGAAGCUGGCCCAGUAAGCAAUGAAGGAAACAGACGAGCCCUUGUGGAUCAAAAGUCCUCAGUCAUUAAGCACAGCCCAACAGUGAAAAGAGAAUCUCCAUCGCCUCAGGGACGAACUAGCAAUUCCAGUGAGAACCAGCAGUUCCUGAAGGAGGUGGUACAUAAUGUUCUCGAUGGGCAAGGUGUUGGCUGGCUGAACAUGAAGAGAGUCCGACGUCUGCUGGAGAGUGAGCAGCUCCGUGUCUUUGUACUAAGCAAGCUGAAUCGCACGAUCCAGUCAGAAGAAGACGCUCGACAGGAUGUCAUACAGGAUGUGGAGGUCAGCCGCAAGGUUUAUAAAGGCAUGCUGGACUUGCUGAAGUGCACCGUGUUGAGCCUGGAGCAGUCAUAUGCAAAUGCUGGCCUGGGGGGCAUGGCCAGUGUUUUUGGCCUGCUAGAGAUAGCACAUACUCACUAUUACAACAAAGAACCAGAAAAGCGAAAACGAAGUCCAACGGAUGGAUCUGUCACCCCAGUUGGCAAGGAUCCUGCAUCAUCCCCAAGAGUGGAGGCAAAACCUGCGAUGCAGCUGCCGGUACCUCACCUGAUGCCAAAGGCACUGAGCCCUGCAGGCAAAGGUCCAAGGGAGUUUGACACAAGGAGUCUAAAGGAAGAAAAUUUUAUUGCUUCCAUUGAAUUGUGGAACAAGCACCAGGAAGUGAAAAAGCAAAAAUCUUUGGAAAAAACGAGGCCAGAAGGUGUGAAACACUUCGAUUUGGGAGAAACAGAUGAGAAAAAAUCCCAAAUCAGUGCAGACAGUGGCCUCAGUUUGGCCUCAGGUUCUCAGAAGAGUGAUUUUGACGCUGUUCCCAGUGGAGGACCAGCGGUUAUGGUCCGAAGUACAAGCCAGGAUUCUGAAGUUAGCACAGUGGUUAGUAACAGUUCCGGAGAGACAUUAGGAGCAGACAGUGACUUGAGCAGCAAUGCUGGUGAUGGCCCAAGUGUGGAAAAUGGUGGCAAUUUGACAGGAUCCAGGGGCACUGUGUCAGACAGUGAAAUUGAGACAAACUCCGCUACUAGCUCUAUCUUUGCGAAGUCUCACAACCUGAAGCAGAGUGUGAAGGAGAGCAAAGGCAGUACUCCAGGGAGAGGUCCAGAGGAUGGGAACCAACGUGUCUAUCUCUAUGAAGGACUUUUGGGUAGGGAUAAAGGAUCUGUCUGGGACCAGUUAGAGGAUGCUGCAAUGGAAACGUUCUCUAUGAGCAAAGAGCGUUCAACUUUGUGGGACCAGAUGCAGUUCUGGGAAGAUGCUUUUUUGGAUGCUGUGAUGUUAGAGAGAGAAGGAAUGGGGAUGGACCAGGGACCUCAGGAGAUGAUUGACAGGUAUCUUUCCCUGGGAGAACAUGAUCGAAAGCGUUUGGAGGAUGACGAGGACCGCUUGCUGGCUACACUGCUGCAUAAUAUGAUUGCUUAUAUGCUUAUGAUAAAGGUGAACAAGAACGAUAUUAGGAAAAAGGUGCGUCGUCUAAUGGGAAAAUCACAUAUUGGAUUGGUGCACAGCCAGCAAAUAAAUGAUAUUCUAGACAAGCUUGCCAAUCUGAAUGGACGGGAACUCCCUGUGAGACCCAGUGGCAGCCGCCACAUCAAGAAGCAGACUUUUGUAGUACAUGCUGGGACAGACACAACAGGAGACAUAUUUUUCAUGGAGGUAUGUGAUGACUGCAUUGUGCUGAGAAGCAACAUUGGAACUGUGUAUGAACGUUGGUGGUAUGAGAAACUCAUCAACAUGACUUACUGUCCCAAAACAAAAGUGCUGUGCCUCUGGCGGAGGAAUGGUCAGGAGACACAGCUGAACAAGUUCUACACAAAGAAGUGUCGAGAAUUAUACUACUGUGUAAAAGACAGUAUGGAGCGAGCAGCAGCAAGACAGCAAAGCAUUAAACCAGGCCCUGAGCUGGGUGGCGAGUUCCCUGUGCAGGAUAUGAAAACUGGCGAAGGAGGUCUUCUUCAGGUCACACUGGAAGGAAUUAACCUGAAAUUUAUGCACAGUCAGGUUUUCAUAGAGCUGAAUCACAUUAAAAAGUGCAAUACUGUGCGAGGAGUCUUUGUCCUGGAGGAAUUUGUUCCUGAAACUAAAGAAGUGGUGAGCCACAAGUACAAGACGCCAAUGGCUCAUGAGAUCUGCUACUCCGUGCUGUGUCUCUUCUCUUAUGUGGCUGCCAUUCGUGGAAAAGAGGCAGAAAACAAAAGCAAACCACCUCGGCCAGUUUCCAGUUGAUCACGAUAUCAGGAAAUACCUACCGUUUGGCACGUUGACGUGCAGUACUCCCAUUUUUACUGCAGUUCCAGGAGCUCACUUUACUGUCUUCUACGAGAACUUGAUUAUUUAUGUAUGACCCUGCAAGUCUUUCCCCAUAGAAAAACCUAAGACUUCACUGCUCAGUCUCCUUCUGAAUUCAUUCUUAAUGGAGUUUUUAUAUGAGCUGUUAAUCAGACAGUUUUGAGCAUCAGCAUCCAGCUAUGAGUGACCUACUCUGGCCAUUCCUCGGAAUUCCAUUUUUCUUAAGAUGACUAACAGCUUGAGUUCAGUUGGUUUUUGUUUCUAGUGGUACGUGUUACAGAUGAAUCACUUUACAACUGCAGGCUUCUGCUUUCAGAUUCUCUGGUAUGUGCACAGUGGAAGCAGUCUGGUCCUGCAUCUUGUUUAAAUGUUGUAUUUUUAUUGUUUUCCUUCUGUGUUGUUCAUUUUUACCCACCAACAUGGAGUUCUUGUCACAUAGUUCUUCAGACCCUUUUGGUAGAGAUGAACUAUUUAGCUACCAUAGUCUUAAAAAUAUCAGGUGACAAUUGAAAUUUGGCUAUUAAAUUGGUCCAUCUGUGGAGAUGACUGCUCUUCAAGUGGGAAAAGUGGAGAGAGAAACUUUGAAGGCAGUAUAUUUGAAAAACAUUGACACUUCAUGGAUUGUGUGGAUUUUCAAAUGGGAGUUAGGCCACACUUGUAGAUAACCCAGCAGUAGAGUUAACAGAUGCAUAUGAGCACUACCUAAAGCAGUUAAUCACAGGGAUUAGAAAAUGAAUAAGGAAAUGUAAAACUUGGAGACAUUAUUGGCAGAAGCAUAUGGCAGACCCAUGUGUUUUUGGGUCUGUAACUAUACACAAGGCAUUUCUAUAGCAAUCUGCAGAACAUGUUCGGAAGCCCAAAGGAUUAUGCUGUCUCCAAUUUUUUUAAGCUAUUGCUUUUUUCCAAUCCGUAUUUGUGUAUCAAGGAAUCUUGCAAAUACUGUGUUAAUGUAUAAUGAAACUCUCGCAGUUAAAACUAUCCAUCACAUUCCUUAUUUUAAGUAGGCUGAAUAGGAAUGUUUUUUGCAUCCUGUUUUUGUUCUUGAACUGUACUGCACUUGUCCAGAAAGCUCUUAGGAUGCUGAGAGGAGAGACUGUCUAGAGAAAAUAAUGUUACAUGUAAAAUAUCUGGAAAAAAUGCUCUGAUGCAACCUGAUGUAUUGUAUGUUUUGACAUAGCAUUCUGAGUAAAUGCGCCCAGAAAUAACCCUGUUUUGGCUUGGUCAGGGUAUCUACCAUUUUGAGUGGAAUACAAUAGUAAUGGGUGAGGAAAUGAUGUAAAUAUUAUAGUACAACAUCUAUUUAUAGAAACUGUACAGCUGUCUGAAUGUGAAAAUAAAAUGUCAUUCAACCAGCAACUGGUUUUCAUCCUCAUGUGGUUUUCUAUUGAUGCAGCUUAUUCUGAAAUUAAUGUAAUUAUAUACAAAAUACAUCAUACAUCUAUGAAAUAAUGAAAAAGAGACUAUAAGUGGAAAAUCUACAUUUCUUUCCAUAUAAGCAGGAAAGUUGUUUUUGUUCUUUUUUCUUCUGUCAUAACAUCCAUGUAACUUUUUUUUUUUUAAAAAAGUGUCUGAAAAGGAUGAAUAGGUAAAAUAAGACACAUCUGAAAUACUGAAUUUGUUUUUGCACACAUGCAGAUCGAAGCAACAUGUAAAGGAUUUUUCAUCCUUUCCUAAUAUAAAUGCAAAACUGAAAUUGGGAAACCCUGAAAUUAGUCUGGUUUGGUUUGGGUUUUUUUUUUUUCUAGACUGCAAAUUUCCUUAUAGCAAUAUCUGAAUUUUUAGCAAUUGUAGUAUUCUUGAUACUAUUAGAUUACAAGUACAGGUAAGACUGAAAUCACUUUGCUUUACAACAGAUGUUCUGUUUACUGCAAUACUGGGUCCCACUGAGGUAUACAGUAUUAAUUUUUAAAUUGUAAAUAUUAUGUUAGCAGGCCUAUUAACAUAUUCAAACUCGUUAACUUAAAAUUAUUAGGGGAAGGUUGGAGUUUAAAAUAAUUAAAUCUACAGUAUCACUUACUAUAUACAGCUCUUUUUUUCCCUGUAGAAGUUGUAUUUUUGCGAGUGUUAUUUAUCUGUGACUUAAAAUCAUAAAUUACAUAGUGCUGUAUGCUCUAGACUGAUGAGAAACUUCAGUUCAGAAUAAGACUUCUAAAGGGCCUGAUAAUAAAAAUAGCCCUCUCUCCAUUUUGACAGAUUUUAUUCAUUUUUAUUUUUUUUUAAAGGGCAAGUGUGGGUAAAUAGUUACAGCAUUUGCUGUUCAGUGGCAAGGAAGAAUCAGUAACAACCUCAGCAAGCGGACUGACACUGGGCUUCUGCCCUUCAGGUGAGAGUAACUGACUUGGCUUCAAAAUUGAGGAAAUUUUGAAAUGCACAAAGGCUUUCUUGUACUUGAUGAUGGUGACUUGGCAGAUGUUCUGCGAACUGCGGGAAUGUAGCAUAUUCAUCUGAGACAAAGGCGUGCCAUGCAGUGUUUCCGCUACUAGAUAUACAGUGCUAUUCUCUGGAUACCUAAUGCAGAUCUGAAGGUUGGAUUUAAAAUUCGUGUGAAAGCGUAAGUCUUCCAUCCUUUCCACCUUCACUUCAUCACUCUUAAGCAUUAAGAGGUACAUAAACUUUACUUUGGAGGAAAAAAAAUAACCAGUGAUUUGCAUGUGUUUUGUCAUGCUCAGCUUAUUUUGAUCUUUAGGUAAGAAUUCCUUAGCAGCAGUAAGAACUUAGAGGCUUCUAAACCUCCCAGAACCAAAUGGAAGACUAACUGAGAAUAAUUAGUAAUAAUAAAUAGUGCUAGAAGAUUCUUAGAACAAAAUGAAUAAUUCUUCUGUUUUUACCACUAGGAGGAGCCUGUGUCUUAGUUUUUAAGUAUUUCAAGAUUAGAAGCUUUUUAUUUUCACACUUGCGAUACUUCCAAGGCACUUACACAAAUAUGACAAAGAUUCAUGAACUUGCCUCAAAACUGAAGGUAUUUGCUUAUCCUGAACAACUUUGGUUUUCUGCUCAGUUCCUUGCUUGUGGAAGUUGGUUUUUAAAAUGACCAUUAAGUGUUCUCUGCAAACACUGGGGUUUGUGACCAGUCUUCCUGGCAGUUUUCAAAGUGGAACUAAGGUUACUAAUUUAUCUGUCUUCUGGAUCACGUAUCUUCAUUGUCAUGU